AUGUAUAUAAAGAUGGCAACGUUAGCUAACGGACAGCCAGACAAUAGCAGCCUCAAUAGCAAUCACAGCAACCCUAACACCAACGGGCACAUGAACGGAUUAAACCACAGUCCUGGGAGCACUUCCACAAUCCCCAUGAAGGAUCACGAUGCCAUCAAGCUCUUUAUUGGGCAAAUCCCCCGCAAUCUAGACGAGAAGGACCUGAAACCUCUCUUUGAGGAGUUCGGCAAGAUCUACGAGCUGACAGUGCUGAAGGACAGGUUCACUGGCAUGCAUAAAGGCUGUGCCUUCCUCACAUACUGUGAACGAGAAUCAGCUUUGAAAGCUCAGAGUGCACUACAUGAACAGAAGACACUGCCAGGGAUGAACAGACCCAUCCAGGUGAAGCCAGCUGACAGCGAGAGUCGAGGAGAAGACAGAAAACUUUUUGUGGGCAUGCUCAAUAAGCAGCAGUCAGAGGAUGACGUGCGCCGGCUAUUUGAAGCUUUUGGGAACAUUGAGGAGUGUACAAUCCUGCGAGGGCCUGAUGGCAACAGCAAGGGGUGUGCGUUUGUGAAAUAUUCGUCACAUGCGGAAGCACAAGCCGCUAUUAAUGCCUUGCAUGGAAGUCAAACAAUGCCGGGUGCUUCUUCUAGUCUGGUGGUGAAGUUUGCAGACACAGAUAAGGAGCGCACAAUGAGACGCAUGCAGCAAAUGGCCGGCCAGAUGGGAAUGUUCAACCCAAUGGCCAUUCAGUUUGGAGCUUACGGCGCCUAUGCACAAGCACUGAUGCAGCAGCAAGCUGCCAUUAUGGCAUCCGUUGCGCAAGGCGGAUACCUCAACCCUAUGGCGGCAUUCGCAGCAGCCCAGAUGCAACAGAUGGCAGCUCUAAAUAUGAAUGGCCUGGCAGCGGCUCCAAUGACUCCAACAUCAGGUGGAAGCACUCCCCCGGGCAUUACUGCACCAGCUGUGCCUAGUAUUCCGUCUCCUAUUGGGGUGAAUGGUUUCACUGGCCUCCCACCACAAGCUAAUGGCCAACCUGCAGCAGAGGCUGUGUUUGCCAAUGGAAUCCAUCCUUACCCAGCACAGAGUCCUACCACGGCAGACCCUUUGCAGCAAGCCUAUGCCGGAGUGCAGCAAUACGCAGCUGCGUAUCCUGCCGCCUAUGGCCAGAUCAGUCAAGCGUUUCCGCAGCCACCUCCCAUGAUCGCACAGCAACAGAGAGAAGGACCCGAGGGGUGCAACCUGUUUAUCUACCAUCUGCCCCAGGAAUUUGGGGACGCUGAGCUGAUGCAGAUGUUCCUGCCUUUCGGUUUUGUGAGUUUUGACAACCCUGCCAGUGCUCAGGCCGCCAUCCAGGCCAUGAAUGGCUUCCAGAUUGGCAUGAAGAGGCUGAAGGUGCAGCUGAAGAGGCCGAAAGAUGCCAAUCGCCCUUACUGA